AUGCCGUCCUCUAGAGAUCAGGAUGUCGACUUCGACAACAACAGCCGCGUUCGUGAGGACCGACUGCCACACCGAUCCAAAAGUGACCUACGGAGAGACAAGGACCGUGACCGAGAUCGAGACCGCGAAAGAGAACGGGACCACAGGGACAGAGACCGAGACAGAGACCGAGACAGGGAAAGAGAGCGGGACAGAGACAGAGAGAAGGACAGGGACAGGGAACGGGACAGAGACCGCGACUACGACAGGGAGCCGUCCCUCCUUCGAGAAAAGCGGUCAUCCAGGACUCCCAGGUUGUUGAAAACCACGGACAGCGAUACCAACUCCCGUUCAUCGCGCCAGUCAGUGUCUUAUCGCCGCCAUCGGCCAAAAGAGAUGGACAAAGAAGAGUCCUCGAUCCUGUCAGGGGCCGCGAGCUCCAUGACCGAUAUAGUUCCGGAGCUUGCCCGGAGCAUCGAUCGGCCAAACAUACCGUAUCCUACCUUCAGCAAAGUCCACAGCAAAGACCUCAUUUACAGCAAAGAGGAUCUCUCUUGCACCCGUACCGAUCCGCUCACACCUGAUGGCACCGACCUCGGCAACAGCGAUAAGAGGCGGUCAAUGUCCGUUGGCUCUCGUUCGGCGCCACGGAAGUCUUCCUCUCUUCGGAAGGAAUCACGAAAAGAAAAAGAGGAUCGGCCGCCCAGCCCACCGGAAACAGACCUGUCGGGUUCUAGGAGGAGGAGAUCCGGGACUCCAGUAUCUGUGAAGGAAGGUGACCAGGCUCCAGAACGAUCGGAUUCCAGAAGCUCAAAUCGGAUGUCGAGAUCACGAUCUGACGCAAGAUCAAAGCUUUCCAAAGUUUCCAGAGUGUCCAGCGAAGCCACGGAGACACAGUCCCAGACGUUUACCUCUCAGUCCAGGCAUUCGCCCGAAACCACCCCGACAGAGAAUACCGAUGCCUCAACGGACCUUUCGACAGUCAAGGGGUCUACGAUGGAGUCAAUGGCGGAUACGGUUCAAAUCAGACGACCACCGCCAAUUGAGGUCGAUUCGUCACCCGAGUCUGCACCAGACUCAUCACCAAAGACGCCCACGCAAACGCCACAGUUCCCGCCUCCCGCUGUAUCCCAGGAACAAAAGCAAACGCGGUUUGACGCUCCAUCUGACUUCACUGCUGCCUCCGAGGCUGUGACGGACACGACCGCUCAGCGAGCACCACCACCGCCGCCGCCGCCGCCACCGCCUCCUCUUAGCAUUAACCUUCAGGAAGCGACCCGAGUCGACUAUCUCCUGCAGAACGGCGGCUUGCCGCAAACUGUCCCAAAGACAUUUCUUGCCGUGUUGCCGCGCCAAAAUGGCAACAGACCAUCGAACCCGCCUCUGCAGGGUGCUGAGACACUAUUUGCACCUUUCUUCAACCUGCUGAACCAGUAUCAGACUGUACUCAAGAACCAUGGAUCUAUUGCGGUUGCCACUGGUCAUCGAACCGUUGCUCGUCGCCUCUUAGAUCGACUGGAGAAUGUUUUCUCCCGCGAUCUUUGCCCUGAUGGCUGCCCGUGCAUUAUUUGCCAGCACUCGGACGAAACGCAUAGAGGUCUAGGGUGGGGAGAAGUCCUUGAGAGGGUCAGCGGCCGGGUCGAUCUGCCACAAUGGCCGCCUUUUGACCUCGCGUCACUGGGAAGCAAGGCCCAAGAGGAUCUGGCAGAACUUCCUCCGAGACCGACUUCUCCCAUCAACAUGGACCCUGACAUUGCCGAAGAGUUUAGGGAACAUUAUCUGCGUCAAACGAAGCGCGUCAGGGCAGCCGUCGACCGGUGGAUGCAAACAUGCGAGAAAGCCCCUGCCCCGUUGCCCCAAGAGGUAGAUGACGAAACGCUAACCUUUGCCAUCCUCACUAACCUGGACCCCGACGACCGGCCCUUUUUCAAUGCUCUGUUGUCUGGCUCGCGGGAUCUUCACCCGGCAACACGGGCACCGACACCCUCCCCGUUACGCAAACCUCGAAACGACUUUGUGGUCAAGACGGGUCUAUCUCUGCAGAGAUUAUACCGCCUAUCUCAGGCCCCACGCGAUGCCGAGACGGCAAUGUAUCUCGUCAGGAACCCAGCCAUGCACGAUCUUCUCUACACGAUCUCUGACAUCAACACUUCCGAGUGGGAAAUCCUGAUAUCAGGUCGCUUUGACGGAUUUCUCUGGUCGGGAGCAGAUGAUGAUGGAUACGAACGAGACACUCCUUUCUCCCGGGGACCGACCCCAGCCAACGGGAUGGGAGAGAGGGGAUUUGCGUCUCCUCGUAUCAUGAGCCCAGGUAUCCGUAACUCCAGAACCAACACUCCCUUCAGCCCUGGUAUGGGAGGCGGCCCUAUGUCGUCGACUCCCUUCUCCCGCGGCCCAACACCCGCCUCGUUCGUCAGCGGGACAACGAAUAACUCAUCAUACCCUUCCCGAGGAGCGGUGAGCCACGACGAGGAAACAGAGAUCCAGGUCGUGGGCGAGCUGGAGCGCGAAAUCUUCAACGGCAUGGAAGCGCUCGAAGAUGCCUUUGAGAAGCUUCACGAGCAAGCCAUGGGAGUGAGGGAUGCGUUGAGGAGAAGGGGUGCAGCGUUGGCCAUGAGCCUGCAGCAGAAAAGGGGACUCGGGUACAGAGGGAUCGACGUGUUGCCUUUGAGCGGGAGCAGUGGAGCUUAUGAUCGACCUGCCUGGGCCGAUGAGGAGAAGAUGAUGGACGGGCUUGGCGGUUAUUUUGAUGAUACCCAGAGCGAAUGGGGAUUGCAGGAUGAUAUCAGCGAACUGGCACCGGAUGAUUCGGCGAGCCAGAUCAGCAGCAACCGGAUGCGGAGGCCGAAGAGGAGACGGGAGAGGGCAACGCCGGCGCCGAUCGAGGAGGAAGAUGAGGCGUAA